ACUUUUUGAUUACGUUUAGGUUUUAGGUAGUCGCCAUUUUGAUUUCCAAACCUGACUAUUUUUAUGUAUUUUUUUUCCCAUUUGGUCCUUGGACUCUUGAAUAAUAAUUUACACCGUGUCAACACAGCCCUCCCAGCAGCAGCAGAGCUAGCCGCUGAGUAACACGGCUGUGUAAAUGACAUUGCAGCCGGUGGAAAGGGUAGUAUCGUUAAGCUAACAGCGCAGCCCUGAAUAGGCUGCAAUGGGCCUCCGAGUGACCUGACAACCAAAGUCGCCGAGUUGCCGUUCAGCUUCCAGAUGUCCACAGAUUAAAUAAUGGCUCAAAGGUUGCACAGUGUCUGUGAGGCAAAUGGCUCUUUAGCAAGAUCCAACUGAGUAUACUUCUCCUUGUCCAAAUCAGAGUGUAUGCUACGGUGACGUCAGUCAUGUUUUGGAAGUUUGAUUUGCACACAUCUUCUCAUCUGGAGGCUUUACUGGACAAGGAGGAUGUCACUCUCACUGAGCUCAUGGAUGAGGAGGAUGUGCUGCAGGAGUGCAAGGCCCAAAACAGGAGGCUUCUUGUGUUCUUGUGCCAAGACCAGAGCAUGCAGGAGCUGGUUCGACUGAUUACUACAGAGCCUCCUACUGGUGUAGAGGAGACAAAGCGCUUCAAGUAUCCAAAUAUAGCAUGUGAGCUGCUGACAAGCGAUGUGGGAGUGAUCAAUGAUAAGCUGGGUAAUGAGGAGCCACUGCUGGAAAGCCUGUAUGCCUUCCUGGAGCAGCCAUCCCCACUUAACCCCCUCCUGGCGUCCUUCUUUAGCAAAACUAUUGGGAACCUCAUCACACGGAAGACUGAGCAGGUGAUCAGUUUCCUGCAAAAGAAGGAUGGAUUUCUUUCCUUGGUCCUGAAGCAUAUUGACACGUCAGCCAUGAUGGAUGUGCUCCUACGCCUUAUCAGCUGUGUGGAGCCACCGCCUCUACGACUGGAGACACUUACUUGGCUGAAUGAACAAAAACUGGCCCAGAGACUCAUAGAGCUCAUUCACCCUGAGAGGGAUGAAGAGAGGCAGUCAAAUGCAUCGCAGACUUUGUGUGAUAUCAUUCGUCUGAGCAGAGACCAGGCCAGUCAGCUCCAAGAGAUUUCACAGCCUGACCCACUGCUGACUGUGCUUGAAUCGCAGGAGUGCGUCGAGCAGUUAUUGCAGAAUAUGUUCUCAGGAGAGAGAACUGAGAGCUGUAUCGUCAACGGGAUUCAGGUUCUUCUGACCUUACUGGAGAUCAGGAGGCCUGUGGUGGAUGGUGUAAUGGAUGCUCAGGGAUUUGAGAGAAGCUACACUGUUAACAGCAGUAUUUUGUUGGCCAUCCAGCCACACUUGAUACACUUCCACCAGCUACUUCUGGAGCCACCCAAGCGAGAGCCUAUGCUGACGACUUUGGGUGUGCUGGAGGAACCGCUGGGGAACACGCGUCUGCACGUAGCCAGACUAGUGGCUUCUCUGCUUUAUACCAGCUCUGCUAGCCAUGCAGUCGUAGCACAGGAACUCUGCAGACUCAAUACGCUGAACCUCCUUCUGGACCUGUUCUUCAAGUACACCUGGAACAACUUUCUGCAUCUCCAAGUGGAGCUUUGUGUUGCUGCUAUCGUCCGGCCCUGUGCCCACGAAAUGAGACUUCAGCCUGGCUUGGUUACCCAGGAAAAAGUCAAGCCUCAUCCAGAUGCAUCACCAGAACAGGAGUUGAAUGAGACCCCGACUUCUGAACUAUCAGACAUAUCUGAAAACUCUGCUCAUAACCUAAUGGUGACUCAUUUGUUUCAGCACUGCCACCUUGUCCAAAGGAUUCUAGAGGCUUGGGAAGAAAAUGAUAAAAUUCAGUCAGAUCGUGGUAUGAGACGAGGCUACAUGGGGCAUCUGACCAGGAUCGCCAACACAGUGGUGCACAAUCUGGAGAAAGGCCCAGUUCACACCCAGAUCAGUAGCCUCAUUGCAGAGCUGCCAGAGGACUACAGAGGGCGCUGGGAAACCUUUGUAGAUCAAACGCUGUCUGAGACCAACAGGAAGAACACCAUAGACCUGGUUGGCACUGGGAACCCUCGUCCUUCCUCAGAGGAUGAUAUGGAAAGCCCCUUCCCCAAAGAACUGACAAUACAGCAGGCCUUUUCAGACUACCAGAUCCAGCAGAUGACAGCUAACUUUGUGGAUCAGUUUGGCUUCAAUGAUGAGGAGUUCACUGAUCAUGAUGACAGCAUUGGGGCAACUUUUGAUCGGAUUGCAGAGAUUAAUAUCAAUAUUGAUGCUGGCCAUGACAGUGCUAACACAGCUGUAUUUGAGGCUUGUUCCAAAGAGAGGAUUCAGCCCUUUGAUGAUGACGAGGAGGACAUCUGGGAGGAGAAGGAGAUUAACUAUGCAACACAAGCCAAGUCCCGGAACAGGUUUGGUGGGUCACAGUCCUCCCAAAGCCAAGCAACCAGUAAGACCUGUGACAUGACAGAAACUUGUGAGAGCUCCAGCAGAGCAGCAGACUCAGACUCUGACGAAGGAGAAGACCCUAAAUAUGAUCUGGACCCUUUCGCAAGUCCAGACCAGACCGAGGCAACUGCGAGCACUGGAUGGGUAGCAGACUUUGGAGAAGUGAAUUCAAAGGCUCCUGCAGCAGGAGCGGGCUUCUCAGCCUGGGACACUCCAGUGUCUCAGCCAGCUGCAACAGAGGCUGAGGAGAAGGGAUGGGCCAAGUUCACGGACUUUCAGCCUUUUUGCUGCAGCUCUGAAACAGGCCCAAGAUGCAGCUCUCCUGUGGACUCAGAGCUCAGUGGAUCAGACAUCCCCAAACCAAACCAAAACCCAUGUGUGUGGAGUGUUUGCGUGGCAAGGAAAGCACCACUAGUGGCAUCAGACAGCUCCUCCUCCAGCAGCUCCGACAGCGAUGAGGAAGAAGGAAAGACAGAGUCCACAUCCAGUGAGACGGUCACCACAGAGACCAUCACCACAGGUGCCGGCAAGGAGACCAUCCGGCUCACCGUUGACGCCAAAAAUGAGAGGGCAGUCUUCAGCAGAGUAUUCAGACCUGCAGUCAGACGCGACGUGCCAGUGGAAGGGCUCGCUAACGAUAAAGAAAGUGGCAAAGGUGAAAAAGGAAAGCAACAUGGGAACAGUUCCAGCCCAGUUACUGCUGAUUCAGCUAACCAGGCAGCUGCUGUUACACAAGCGAUGCAGUCCCCCGCUAAUGGGCCGGCCUAACGAAGUGGUGCAGGAACACACUUCACACCUGAUCAUUCAACACACAGCCACGCCACCUUUGCUUCCUGUUAGCAGUCCAUCAAUAGCCCUCGUUUGUGUCUAAAAGACAUGUAAGUGAAUGGAAGAUCCUUAGUGCAGAGCUCGAGCAGUAUUUAUAAUGGAUACCAGAAAUCAACACAUGGGUACUAGUCAUGUCUCUAAUGCGCCUUCAUGACAUCAUUACAAAUAAAGGCGCAUUAGAGAUCGCUUCAAAAAGAAUUGUGUGUUUUAUAAAAACAUUUCAUUGUGUCAGGCACACCAAAGCCAAACUGUGUUACAUACGAACUUUUUCAAGAUGAAUUUCUUUCCCGUUAAACUUGGAAAUGUAAACACCUUUAUCUGUUGGGAUCUGCUGAGGUGCCAGAUGCACUUUUAAUGUUAAGAAAACACCCUAUUCUGAAAUUUGACAUUUUAUUAAAUUAAGCACCGGGAUUUCAGAUUAUUUGGGUCUGUCUGCUCUCUGGGUAUAAAUACAGUCCAGUGGAUUUUUUUUCUGUUUUCUAGGAGAGCAUUUGACUGUUUACACUUUAGUAACAAAAAGCAUUCAAAUAAUCAGCCAAGAUUACAGACGCCAAGAUGCUUGCAAAGCUAGCUAGCCGUCAUUUUGUCUUCAGCAUUUCAGUCUUCGUGCCGGGCAGACACGUCAUUAUAGCAAAUAUGCGACUUAUCUGAUCAUUUCUCAGUCAAGUAAGUUUUUAUCUCCUUGGAUCACAUGACGCGUAAGUGCUCUCUGUUUGUUAGUUUGGAGCAUUGGAUUUGGGAGCCUCGCGUGUGUCACUUCCUCCUCCUGACAGAUUCAAGUAGUUUAGGGGUACGUGUGUGCGUGCGUGCGUGUGUGUGUGUGUGUGUGUACUGUUGUGUCCAUGUGUAUAGACGUGUGUGUCUGCGUGUGUGUUUGAGCUCUGUCUGAGGUGCAGAGUAUGUUUCUCAGGUCAAAGGAGAGGUAUGCAGAUAGAAAGAAAGCACACCUGUGUAACACACACGCAGACACACAGUGCCAUACACACACACAAGUGUACACAACCAUAUCUAGAUGCAAAAAAAAAACAAAAAAGGAAAAAAAUGGCAGCCCACAUAUAAGUUCAUACCACCUUCAGAGCUGUUUAAAUGUAAUAUUGUGAAAUUUGAACCCGUAUUAGGUUGUGGCUCUUCUUGGUAAUCUGUAAACGUAAUAUAAAUGUAAACAGUAUAUAUAUAAACAUCAUAUCUAUUUUUGGAAUAAAUCCAGUGUACGGAAAGGCAGUUGUUUUGCAGGUUGCGAUGUGUGUAUCGUAUGUGUGUCGUACUGUCGAAAUGAGGCAAUAAUGAUGUCUGUGUUUCGGUUAAUAGGCCAGCAUCAGUUCCUGUUUCUUUGCUACAUAAGAUAACCUUUAUUAGUCCCACAGGUGGGAAAUACAUGCUUCCUACAUGGCAGUUUAGGAGUGUGCAUGCUGUGAAUACGAGUCAGUUGUCUGCGGUACGUCUUCCGUUUUGUUUACUUUGAGGAUGAUUCUUGUUAAUGACAGCUUGGGUCUUUUUUUUUCUUUAUUUCCACCAUGUAUCAAUUUUAAACCCAUUUUGUAUAAUAAUUUAAAUAGUCAAAUUCGGGGGAAAAAUUAUGAUAAACAAUAAAAUAGUCCCUGUACUGCUUUUUGAUCAUAUUGUUUGUGUACACAUGUGUUUCCACUGUAACAAUGGUGAUUAAUUUAAACUGGAUCUGAACAAAUGUGUUAGUUAGAGCAAUAAUAAAUCAACAGAAGCAUAUUAGGCACAGAUUUUUAUAAUCGGUAAAUUAAUGUUGCCUAAUUUAGCUGCUUUAUUUCCUGCUUUACCUUCAGUUUGGAUUUUUAAAGGACUGGUGAGACCAAGAAGCUCAAAUUUACUUGGCAGAUUAGAGGUGACCGGUGGAGUUUACAUACAAAGGAAAUAUUGUGACCUCAAGUGUCAUUCACCAAAACCCAUUGUUCUGUAAGAAGCAUCUGGAGUGCAUUUCCUUUUGCAAUGCAGAUUCAUUGGUAGAUAUUUCAAAUCCAGCAUUGUUUACGUUCUUGUUUACUUGGUAGCAGUCUUGUUCUUCCUGUCGAUCAGUGUAGUGUCUGCAGCCACUUGCAGGAAUGUGUAACAUUACUCACAUUCUUGCACAAGUGGAGCAACGGCGAGACGUAGAAAAAGGUGCGACAGAACUGCUAGAGGCUGAGAAUUCCCGGGGGUGAAACUUGAGUCGGUAAUGAAAAUCAACAUUCGUUGCAGCAACACCAUCAGUGCUCACUGAGGUGGCAUGCCAUUAAGUUAGCUGUCUGAUCUUUCCUGCUUCAUCAGGUCUAUACUUGUUAUAAACAGUUAACUGGUUUAAUCCAGUCUGGUCAUAAUCAGAUUACAUUAAACAACACCAUGCGUAAGAAAAUGUGACCCAAGUUGUGACGUACUGAAUUAUCCUUUAAAAUCUGCGUGUGUCAGACAGUCAUCCUUUACGUCAUCUUUCUCCUCGUCUCUCUCUUUCUCAGGGCAGGAGUCGACUUAAAUUGCAUUUAAUACCUAUGGAACGAUUCUCUGAGAUUGUUGUAUUUAUUUUAAAAGCACUUUUUCAAGAAGCACUUUUUGGUUUUUUAAUUUGGUGGCGCUAAGCGCCCCUACGUAAUUCCCUCCCUCAGAGCAAUGGGAAUGUUUGAUUUGACGAGUGAAUCACGUAGACACUUUAGAAUAUCUUUUUGUUGUUGUUUUUUCUUCAAUGCUUUCUGCCAAAGUGUGUCUUCCCACCAGUGUACAACUGGGUUUCAUAUCUGUGAAGUAGCCUCUUUUCUUGCAGUGGUCUUAGAGGUGUAGAUUUAUCUGAAGCAGCCUUUGUUUGAUCCCUUGCUCAUGUUUUUUUUUUUCUUUGUGAAUCAUGUGAUGGAGUUAUUAGCUGGAGAAGAGAAUGCCACAAGUCAAAGAAAGACUUUGAAGAUUCGUCUUAGAUCACAGCUCUGCUUUUAUCUGUUCACCGCUUUGAGCCGUUUGAAGUGAAACUGCACCGAGCUAGCACCGCUUCGUUGUCAGGGUUAAAAGAGGAAAAAUAGGGCUGCGUUUGUCAGGGUUGUUCACAUGGUCAGUAUAUGUCAUCCCACCCGUCACCAAGCCUAAGCAGUGCUUCUGGCCUAUACCAUUUGUGUGUAUGUGUAUUUAAUGUGUGUUUGUGUGCCCCCUUCAGUUUGAGAGUGUUUUAGCUACGGGUAUGUUGUCACAUUAUGCAUAAUGGUACGUUGCAUUCAUCUCUAAGUGCCAUUAAGUUUGCACAUUAGCCUCGUUCACCUCUUUUUGGGCAUUCGCUGUAUUGCACAGUGUGUGCCCCAAACUUUAUUGAGAAACAAUGGGUGUGAAGUUGUUACUUACCAAUUACUUAUUAUUUACACUGAGACCAUUUCAAAGUUUUUCUCACAUUAUAGCUUAUUAUUAUAUUAGGGCAUGUGUGUGCAGAUGAGUGGGGGAGUGGUGGGAAAAACAGCCGUGUGGUUAAAUGCCUUUUUUUUGUAAAGCGGACUGAUGCUGGUGUCUUUGUUUUUGGGUUCUUUUUUUCAUUUAGAGUAAUGUGUCUGUUACCUGUUGUCAAUUUAGCUUGUACAUUCAGAUAUGAACCUAAUAAAUAUGUCAAAGAUAAA